AUGUCUCCAGCCGGAGGGUCCCAGUCACAGGGCGUGUUCCCCGGGCAGACUCUGACCACCCAGUGUAGUUCGGAUACGUGGAUCGAUGUAUCCGUGGGGCCAGCCAUCACGCCGCCGGACAUGUUUUACUCGGGCUUUAACACGUCCACUGCGUAUGCGGACGGAACCGAGGCUCCAGGUAUGGUGAUGCUCGCAAAUGUUACUCUUGGGCCUUACACAGUGAACAAUCAGGCCAUCCGUGUCGUGCAGAAUGUCGCUCCUUCUCCCGAUAUGAUCAGCGGGCUGAUUGGGCUGUCAAUGAUUAAAUCGUCGACCAUUUUCACCGCCUUGUAUAACUCUUCUUACGCCGCGAAUAGCCUCCCCUUGCUAGUGAACGUUUUUGCCCAAACCCAGGAAGAGCACAACUAUUUCACGUUCCUCAUGGACCGGGACGAGCUGGGGGUGACUAAUGGCGGUACUUUCACAGUCUCCGAACUUAUCACCGAGUACGCGUCCAUCACCUCUGCGCCACACAUGAUCCCGGUCAUAGACCAAGGAUGGGAGACUCACAUGGACGGUAUGACUAUCAACGGUCAAUUCAUGGACGGCCAUUCGGGGUUGAUAUCAUACGCAACCCAAUUCCGCGGUGGGCUUCCCCCGGGCAAAACCAUCGCCGUGGUCGACUCUGGUUCUAGCUUCAUGCUGAUUAUGGCGACCUUCACGACAGUUAUGGGACCGCCAGCAUACGUCGACGCUGCGUACAAGAACAUUCCCGGCGCCAUCCUUACCAAUGAUACAGCUGGUGCUGGUCCAGCGUACAUCAUUCCCUGUGACACUAAGUUGAAUCUUACACUUCACUUCGGCGGCCAGCCAUUCCCUAUCCAUCCUCUCGAUGCCGUGAUCGUCAACCAGACGGCGAACGGUCUCAUGGUAUGCUUGAGCGCUCUUAGCAUGAACCUGGAUCCAGUGGAUCUCGCGAGUGACUGGCUCAUCGGUGACACGUUUAUGCGCAACGUGUACUCGCUCUACGACUAUGGGAAUAUGUCGAACCCGAACGCCGGGUUUCCCUACAUGCAACUGCUGAGUAUCACGGAUGCCGACGCUGCAUGGGCGGAGACCGAUGCAUUAAUGCUCAAGCGCCUAGUCGCCUACGAGAGCUACUUCACCUCGACAUAUGGCGUCACCCCGACGACAACGCAGCGCGCGUACGCGGGCCCCACUUCCGCCCCUGCCCUCACCUCUGCGGACGACAAGCAGACGUUUUCACCGCGCCCUUCCGCGUCGGCCGCCGCUGUCGCCUCAUCGUACACUUUCGUUUCCGAGUCAGUCUCGCCGAAUACCUUAAGCGGUGCGGUAGCCGAGAACGCCGUUGUCGGCGACUCCGGAUCCGGCCAUGUCGACCUCAGCGGCCUCACCCGGAACACGUACAUCAUAAUUGGGCUGUUGGCGGCAGCUCUACUUCUUCUAGUCGCUGUCGUCGCACUCGCUGUUCGUGCCAGCCGGGCGAAUAAGGGAUACCGGGCGCUCGGUGCGACGGGUGGUCCGCCGAAGUCGUUUAUGAGUACUUACUCUGAGUAG